GCCGGCUGCAGCAGAGCAUGGAGUGAACGACUUGUGGUUAAAUUGAUGGAUGACCAAGAAGAGAAGGAUUGUGCCUCAGAAGACCAAGAAACGAUCCUGAUUAAUGGGGUGAAAGAAGAUGAACCACAUGACCCGGAUGGUGACGAGAAACCUUCCCGUGCUGCAGAGGCUGCAGUCCCCUUCCCAGCCCUGACCGGAAAGGAAAAGGAAAGCCAAGGGUGCCCCCGCGCCCAGUCGGCCCUGACGUCCAAGAAGCCCUGUUGGCUCAGCCCUCCCUCCCCGCUGAGACUGGCCGACGUGCCCGACCACAUUUCCGAUGACUCCUCCUCCGUCCACGCCAUUUCCCUGACGUCGUGUGUCACCAAGGGCAUGAGCAGUUGGUCCCUGCCAGGGGAUUGCGAGAAGGCUCCUUUUACGAUUAUGGAGCCCGGAAGCAUGUCGGCGCUGACAGGCGACUGCUUGAUGCAGCCAAGUCGGACUUGCCUGGGCUGCUUCAUCGAAUCCAAGGAUGGCAUUGAUGCAGAGCCAGGAAUAAGCUUGAAAGUGGGGGAUAUAAACAGAGAUUAUGACACCUGUUCGGUCUCUGAUAUAGGCAUACAUUGCAUGAGCACUGGAGAAACCAUGAGAUACGGGGAUCAACUGCUUUCAGACCAGCUUUUAAGCUUCCCUAUGCAUAAAUCAAGGGCAACAGACAAAAGAGAUGCUGAGAAAUCUGACAGUGAUUCAGAGGACCCCACUCAGAAAAAUUAUUAUGAAGGAUUACUCUUAGACAAGUGUAAUGGGGAGGAACCUUUACUUACAAAUCCCAACCAGGAAUGGGGUUAUUUUGAAUCUUUCAUCAGUGAAAGUAAAAUUGAACUGCUGGACCUCUGCUCCAAAAAUGAGCUUUCUGUAAAUCUGUUUUCUGAGGAAGAUGUGGAUAAUUACAUGUUUGACGAUGACGACUCGACGUUGGGAAGUGACGUUUGCUCCCUAAAGAUUCGCUACGAAUCCUUCCAGGACAAUGUGAGGGAGAAGACCGGCACUCUGCAAGAGGAUACCCAGUUCAACUUCUUCCCGAGCGUGUUCAGUGGAUGCUCUAAGCGGGAAGGCAGGACGGCCCUGAAGAGGGGUCCCCGGGGAGCCACCGAGAGUUCCCAGUUCAAAUCUGAAGACAGCAUCAUUUGGGGAGAGGAGGAGGUCGAUGGAGAGCGGGGAGAGGAGGAGGAAGAGGACGAGGAGGCAGCGGAUGAGAAAGUGGCCUUAAGCAAAUCUUGCACCAGUACGGAGGUCGUACAGUACAUUGGCCCCAAAAGAAAUCAUUUCUUGGAACUUGUGAAUUCCACGGAAGACUCUGGGGAAUUCAGCGACGACAGCACCUGCACCGAAUCUUCCUUUGAUGUGCUCCAAGAUCUCAAGGACUGUAACAAGUAUUUGCCCAGAGACCACUCCAGUUCCUCCAUACAACAGAACUACGGUCUGCGAGCAAAAAGGAAAGUGCGGUACAGCGACGACUACCUGUACGAUGUGGAUUCCAUAGAGAGCGAGAAGAUAGUGGAUAAGAAAGAGUGGAACCCCGAUGGACCCAAGGAGGAAGAUGACGAUGAGUGGUGUCCAAAGAAGAGGCGAAAAGUUUCUCGCAAGGAGCCCCCAGUCAUCAUCAAGUAUAUCAUCAUCAACCGUUUCAAAGGGGAGAAGCACAUGCUAGUCAAGCUAAGCAAAGUGGAUGCCAGCGAGACGACUGUUACCCUAAGUGAGGAACUGUUGAGCAAAUAUGCCAAGCUGGCUCCCUUGAAGGCGUUUUGGCAAGAGAGGUGGCAGAGCCGUCUCAAUUUCCUCAAGUCAGCACUGUAUCGCAAGCAAGGCUUCUAUCUCAACGGCUCGGAAGUCUCCUUCCUGCCUCAUCCAAGGAAACGCAAGUGUAAAUUGGCCAACAGGCACAGGAUUCAGAGGAUUAAGGCCAUUGAGCAACCGGUGGGCAAGCCGGGAUCUUGCUCUCUGGAUCCAAAGCAGCUUUGUCGCAGGAUCGGAGAAGAGGAGGUGGCAGGUCUGAAAGGGAUGCAGGCAUUGGCCAUCACCACCUCAGCCUGUGCAAAUGGGCUGCAUUUGAAUGACAUUGCAAACCUGGCCUCGCCUAAGUGCAAACUGCAGGACAGGGAAUUCAAGGGGCCCGAGAGAAAGGUCUUGCGCAGAAUCAAGUUCAAAAGUGAGGCCAGGUUGAAAUGCAAGCGAAUCAAGGCUGCCACCGGUCUGGUGGAGGCCUCUCUAGCCCUGGAGAAUCAGGAGCCUGCCACGAGUGCAAAAGAUGAAAGUGUUCCUUCUGCUGCAGACGGCUCUCGCCUUUCCGAGUGCCAGGAGGAUAAGGUUGCUAAAAAUUCUUCGUCUUUCCUACCCACCACCUCCUCUUCAGACAAGCCUCCUCCAUCUGCUAAUCUUGCUGCCAGUGUCCCCCUCAUCCCCGGAGGGUAUCUGCAGACGUUGUUAGAUGCCUCCGAUUUGUCAAGCAACGCCAGCAUCGCCUACUUCAGUUCUCAGCCCCCCGAGCGGCAGCAGGAUCCGCUCCCCAGCCUUGCUCAAGCAGAGAAGUCCUUCUGUUCUCUGCAGCCUGCCCAAAGCUGCAUCCUGUCCCCACCAUCCGAAUCGGAGUUGCAACAGUCACCAAGCCACUUGGAAAUGGAGACAAGCAACUUCAGAAGUAUGUGGCCAGCCGGGAAAGCAGCUGGUGGCAACAUCCAAGAGUUUGCAAGCGACAUGCAGGAGACAUCAAGCCUCUCAACAGCGGAGUUUGGUGGCUGCGCCAAUGCGGACAGCCUCCCAGCCUCUGGGUAUGGUCAAGUAGAUCUGAGUAGCAGCAAAUCAGUAUACCAAAAAAAAUACUUGCCAGAUAGCCAGCAAUCGCAGUCCGACGACUCUUUUCAGUCAUGCCAUUUUAGUAACAGAGAGGGGCAUUUUCAUUUCCAGCGAGGUACCCUAAGUACAGAUGAUGGGAGGCUGGUUAGUUUUGACUCAGUGGGCUCUUUAUCCGUUAGCUCUAGCAAUUAUAGUUCCCUAAGUUUAAAGUCCUGUGAAAAGGAUGGGGAUGAUGAGAUUGCUGAUGACUUCUUGGCCCACUGCAGCCCCAAACUGGUGAUUCAGCAAAGCAUAGAUGAAAUAACUCCUUUGAAGGAGUCGACCGACCUUUUAGAUAUUUCUAACUUCACACCCGAUAAGUUCCGCCAGUCCUCCCUUUCUGAAAUGUCUCCCCCAGAUACCCCUAACCUUUCCCCGCAGAUAACUGGGCCAGAAACCAAACCGCUAGGAAAUAUAAAAUGUUUCCCCGAUAGCUCUCAAGCCGUGCUAAGCAAUCUUGAGAAGGUCAAGUGGAGCUGUGGGGUUCUCCAGACCCAAGAUCAGGCAGAUAAUGGAUUCACUUUAAAUAAUCAUCAGUUUCAGUUCCAUAUGUUCAACGAUGAGGAUUCUGUCAGCCUCCUUGAGAAAAGCCCAUGCUUGUCAACAUUUAAUGAGCCAUCUGGUCAAAUUAGCACCAAUAGCAAAGUGUCAAAAUCGAAGAGGAAAAGUUCAGCUAACAAAAAUGUGGGCACAAACCAAAGCCUCCCCCAGAAAAACGUUAGGAAAAAAUCGCCCAAAACCAGCAAAGGGACUGAAAAGCCACAAGGCAAAAACUCCCGGCAGUCUCCCAAAUCUACAAGGAAAGGCAAAAAUACAGCCGGUGUUAACGGUGAAAAGGGCCCAAGUGUCGGUGGUAGAGGAGCGGCUUCGUUGAACAAUUCGUCCUCAGCGGCGAAAGCAUUGGUGGAGUCUAUUCGGCAUUGCGGCCCCACUUCCGUCAGGUUAGGGAAACACAACGGACUACCUGGGGAGUGGGCCCUGGGGAAGGACAACAGUGGAGGCUGGUCAGAAACUAGCAUAGGGACCGCCAACAGCCUCCUUGAUGACGAUCAAAGGGAAUUUGAGGAGCCGUCCAAUAUUUUAUCAAACAUUGCAUCUGGAAUGGCAGAUGUUCAGAGAUUUAUGAUGGCCUCCAUUGAACCCUUGUGGGGCCCUGUUGGCCAUAACAACGUCUCUGAUCUGUUCCGGUCGCCCGAAUCCAACAGCCUGAAACUGAAAACUCUUAAGAUCCUCGCCGGAACUUCCCCCGACUCCAAGAAAAAGGCGAACGGCAAUUCGUCGGGAACGGGGAAGGGCCACAAGUCGGGGAGCAAGGGCUCGGGCAAAAGCACCGGCCGAGCCUCCUCCUCCUCCUGCGACCCCGGACGCCCCAACUGCUCGACCGGAUACGCCGCGGACAUUCACUCGCCCUUUUUUGAUAAAAGCUAUAGUAACCUGAGCACUUUAGCCAAAAACGAGCCUACCCAUAAAAAGCUGUACCGGCAUAAAUCCACGUCUAAGUCGUUGCGGGAUGAGAACUGUAAAGGGAAGCGAGCGGAGCGGGAUCAGGCCCAUAAGGAGCCAUCUGUGACAGCUGCAUUUGAGAAACUGAGGGAAACAGACUACAUUCUUCUUAAAGCAGAAACAGCAUUUUUGGUUUUACCUGUCUUUGGAGAAGAGACACCUUUUUCUAGAAAGACAUUUGAUGCUUGCUUGGGUUGUUUCUCCCUCCUUUUCCCCCACUCCCUUUGGUUUCCCGCUUUCUUUCCUUGUUCAAAAAGGAUGAGAGGGAAAAAUAAAUCAAUAAAUAAAUAUCAAUGCCUUGUAAUAUGUCGAAGUGUUAAGUGCUGGAAUCAAAAGUUUGAAACGGUGGGACUUUUCUUCUUUGGAAGCAAAACCUUAACACUGGUUAUUCCCUGUGUUUCUCGAAAGCCGUACUGUUGUACAGUUGUUGAUGCACUAUUAUCCAUAACAACAGCCACACAAAUUGUGCCAAACUCUGAACAAGUGUUGUACUGUACAUAUUUUUACAUCUCUUUAUCAACAAUGGGUUGUGAGUGGGUUUUUUCCUGGAGCUUUUCGGUUCGGUUUUGUUCUUGCCUUUUUCAUUUGCUGGAAAACAAUCCAGUGAUAAACUAUGAGCCACCCUUGAAAUCAACCACUAUGAAAAACAAUGUCGAUACGCUUAAUACAAUGUACCAAAAGUUUUAAUGGACAUCGCUAAAAUAACGUGUGCCAAAUUGACUUUACCUCAUUUCAUAGGUUUUGCCCUGUGGUUUAUAACACGACAAAAGUCACAAGUUUGUUGCUGGGGGUGCGGUGGAGGGAAGGACUUUAACACGGGAAACUGGGGAAAUCGUAAUUCCCCUCCAGAAAGUACGGAUAAAACCUUAAAAUCCAACCUGGGAGAAAGGUUUUUACAGAAGGAUUUUUGGAUAUUUAAAACAGUAUCACUUCAAGGUAAGUUUACUUGGAAACGCCAGCGAUUGGGAAGCAGCUGUUUUUGUCUUAUCUCCCGUUCUAAUGUGAAGCAAAACUUUUCCCUGAGUUGUAUUGUUGAUCCUUUGUAUUGGUUUUCUAUAUUUUGUAAUGCAACCUGGGAUCAAUUCUAAACGUAGGGAGAAAAACAAAACCCUGGAACGAAUGCAUUUCAUAGGCACUGUGUUGGUAUAUCAUUCUGAGAGGUUUUUGUACCCAUUUUUAUGAUUCUCCUGGCAGAAGAGCUCACCGAUCCAAACGUUGGUGUUUUCUAGAUGUUUUAACCUUUGCAGUGACAAUAUUAAGCCGACGGUUUGUAAAAAAACCAACAAAGCAAAACGUUUUUGAUGCAAUUAUGAAUUUGUACAUUGACUCUGUAGUAUAUCAUGCAAAAGGAAGCGGAACGCUUGACGAUCUCACCAAAUUUGGGGGCCAGAUCCAGGAAAUAUAAUAACAAUAAUAAUGAUGAUAAUAAAGAAAAUAUAAUGUGCUUUUUCAAGAGAGUAAUAAUUGUUGGCUGCUGAAUGAUGAAGUAUAAUUUUCAAAAGGCCUUAUUUUAAACCUUAACCCUUGCCCCCAAACCUCCCCCCAAGGGACAAAAAAUAAAAGCCUUGGGAUUGUUUUGUUGUUAUUAUUAUUAUUACCUUAUUAUUUUCCCUUCUGAGCCUGAGCCUGAGCCUGUGCAUUUUGCUGCUGAUAGAUUAUGAAAACUUGACAAUGCAAAGAGGCCUGUCAGCUUUGGAAACCUUUUUGGAAGCAGAGGCAGAUAAUAUUAAGACUGGAUGCACUUGAAAAUGGUCAUGUGAAAGGGGACUUGAGAGCAAUUGGAUGGAGGAAAGUAAAACACUGGCUGAGUGGGGACUUAAAGCUAAACUAAGCCAAAUCCUGUUUUGUCGUCUCUUUCAGCCGAGCUUGAUCAAGAUGGCCAACGUCUUCUCUUGGUUGUGUCCUUUGGGCUCAUAUAUGUGUAGGUUUCACGGUGUGUCCUCAAUCAGACAGAUAGUCCCUCUGUUCAGCUAGUAUUGGAGCUUAAGAUGGGCAUUGGUGGUGUUUUAAAGCCUUUGUAUUAAAUUAGCGAAACGAUUAUUUCCUUGUAGGAGAGCUGUGAUGGUUGAGGUCUUGGCCUUUGUUCAGGCCCUUCUGCCUUGAAAUCAUAGAAUAAAUGUGAAUACUUGAACCUCAAGGCUGCUUUGCCGUGGCUCUGAAAGCAAUACAUUCACUGGUUUGUCGGUGGAGGGAAGAGGCAUUGGCUAUUCUUUGCUGUGUUGGCACUAGUUCGCUUCCAAGAGUUGUUGGUGGAUUGGUUCCAAGAUCUAGGAACCAUCUCAAAGGAAAUGUGCCAGAGAAGGCCUGUGAGUGAUGACUUCUGGUUAAGGUUGGACCGAAGGCAAAAAUGGCCAGUUGCGCCCUUCCACGAGCUCCACUUGGCUUAACAAAGCUGUCUUAUCUUUCUGCAGACUGUCCUGCCCAAGUCAAAGGAGAGACUCCUUUUGACGGGAGCAUCCCACAGUUCACUAGUUUUCAACCUUUGGUCGUCCAGACAUUUGGGACAUAAAUGCCCCAAUCAACAUGGCCAAUGGAGACUGAAGCCCAAAACACCUGGACAACCAAAGGUUGAGAACCAUUGCCAUAGCAGUUGUGGUCCCAGGUCAUUCUGGAAUGGGACUUGUCCCCCUUUCGGAAACGGUUUGUGCCACCCCACCCCAUAAUACCCACACAUGUGCCAGGGCAUGUUUCAGAAGCAGGCAGAAGGAGGGAAGCGUCAGAUAUACUCUGAAUUUGGUCUGUCUUAUUGCUAGCCUUAGCCUUCCGCCUUAGGAAGCCAUGGCAGGAUCUAGAUCUCAUUGGUACCUACACGAAGUGCCCCUACCAACCCUUCCCCAGUCUCCCUUUAUGUGUUCAGAGGCCAGCUUUUGUCUUCUCUUGUUCAGUGUUCACCCUUCCUUUCACCUCUGCUGGCAUGUGUCACCCUUGUUUGCCGUACAACCAACUCUAAAGAGUUUGUGCUAGUCUCCCACUGGGCUUCUGUCUCUGGUUUUUAUUUACAGGAUUGACAAGGCAAUUCUGCCACAGCUUGGGCCCUGCCUUAUUCCCACAGCACAAUAUCUCAGACUGAAAUACAUCACAGAGUUGAUCUCUUUUGGUACGAUGGGCUGAUCAUUUGAAUGCUUCAGCUGAUCAUUUGCACAUCACUCCAUACUUGAAACUUCAGGUCAGGCUAGGACAUGAUGGAGUGCCUGCAAUGCAUCAUACCAUGCAGUUCGCCAAAUACCUAGUCAAAACCCAUUUCAGCUUCCUCCCAUCCCUAGCCCUGAGCUCACAUUUCUCUGACCCCCAGAUAUUCAUGUCCUGUUUGGCUUCAAGUCCUUUCUGAUUUAUAGUGACCCUAUCACUGGGUUUUCUUGGCAGGUUUCUUCAGAGGGAUGACUUGCAAACCUGUAUCAUGGCCCAAGCAUUUGGCCUCAUGAUGCUGGCGCAUAAUAAUUUAAGUUCUGCUGGAACACAAAGCAGUUGCUUCCGUGUUUUGUCAAUGUGCAAUAGGACUUUUGUAGAGGGAAUAAGGAUAUACAGCCUCUCUACUCUCGGAAAAACCUGCAUUUAACAUCGACUAUUUUUCUCUCAACCUUCCCAAUUGAACUGGAGGUGAUGCUGCCUUUUCUGAAUAUCCAGUUUCCCAUGCAUUUACAUGUGUGAGCUUGCUUUCCUCUUGGCCUUUGCGGCAGCCACAGCUGGUGGCCUCCAAGUUGGUGGGACCAUGACACUGCCCUGGGAUUUGGUCCAAACUUUCAAGGAGAUUUAUAAGGUACUGUACCCUCUCCCCAAAAUAGCUUCAGCGCUUUGGAUCGUCCCUUUACCAUUUGGACUAAAUUUACGAAUGGAUUUCACAAUACCAUACAUUCUCACACACACACACACACACACACUGAGGCAACCAGUCUGUGAGAGCUUCUUGUCAUUGACUUCCAUGCCAUCCUUCAUUCCAACUGCAGUUAUGUUGCUAGAUUUCCUACAUACAUACAGUCUCUUCCCUCUCUGUCCUUGGAAAUCCUGGGGGAUCCAACAUUUUGCCCAUCCACCCCUUGAUGGUGGUACACCUCUGUUGCUGCUACCUCAGAAUAACAUUGUCACAAGCACCUUUUCUUGUUCCUGCAUUUGCCAAAAACCUAAUCCCUGCCUUCACCGUCUCUUGGCUUGAUUGAAUGUUUUUUUGUCAUUGAUUUGCUCCCGUAGCUUAGGGCCCUUGCUUCCUUCUGUAAUAUGACCACCUCUUCUUCCUCCAUUUUCUUCUUCUUCUGCUCCGUAUGCAUAACUUGAUCCAGGUGUUGUCCCUCUUCAUCAACUGGGACUAGGCUGGAUCAAGUUUGAACCCUUUCCCUCAAAGCUCCUGGGGAGUUUUAGACAUUUAGGUCCAGUGGAUGCAUUUUCUCCCUGGCCUUCCAACCAAAUCCUCCAGUGAUCCAAAACAGACCAUUCACAGCGCAGGAGGGUUUUCACUUUAAGACUUGAACAGACAAUAGUUUUGAAAAAGGCAGAGGUUACUAGGGAAAAGAAAAGGAAAAAAUAGAAUUCCCUGUGUCUUAUAACACGCAUUGCCAAGAAAACAUAAAACAGGUUGUCUGGCAUGAGAUGUUCAAAAAUUCUGGAGAAAAUGGCCAUUUCUAAGAGCAGUAAGUAGUUUGAAAGUCGGCUAUUUCAAGCAGACACUUUCUUCUUUGGACUUUGAUUUAGAGAAAGGAUUCCUGUGAAAGUGUUUUUCUAGAGGUGAUAGUGAGAUAACUGUCUGCACCAUGAGCUUGGCUCCCUUUCAGAAAAUGCCUUUCCUCAUCUCCUGCCAUCCAAUUUUGUUGCACCGUUGUGUUUAUGCGCCUGAGCCAGUGUUUUACGUAAGGAAUCAAGCCUGCGAACCAUAGUUUGUGGCAAGAUUUUUCCCCCCGUGAAGCUUUGCAUCGUGAGCUCCGCUUUCUUGGUGGCAACUGGUGACUCCUGUGUCGAUGCGGUUGGAUUUGUACCCUCCAUUUUAAAGGCUCUAAGCGGUGGGGAAUUCCUUCUGGAUUUCAGCCUACAUUUUCAAGGGGCUGUUGGACUUAGUUCUGGAGACAGGACUCCACACUUGGGUGAGCUCCGGGUUGAGAUGAACAACCAGAGCAGAUUAACCACUCCGCUAAAGACCUCCAAGGAAGGGCUGAAUCCCUCUCUAGCUUCGGUUUGAGAUGCUCUGUUUCUCCAAAUUUUAUUUUAAGAUGCAAAAAAAUAGGGGAAUUACAAUGAAAUCUAUGGUUGAAGCAAGGCAUUUUUAGAAACCCCACAAAUCUGUUUCUCAGGUAAAUAAGCGACACUAAAUGACAAUGGAGUAAGAGCCAUUGGAGUGUGAGGGUGGGCACAGGUGAGGAGGAGCCCAUUGGAUUUAAAGCAAAGGCACGAAGGGACCCUGGGAAAGAGCUGGACAACCAAGGCAAGUGUGUUGAGCCUCUUGUUGUGGAGGAGAGAGGAAAGAAGAACCGUUGUUGUUAUUGUUUGUUGUUGUUAUAGCUGCCCUGCUAGAGACAGGAUAAUGGACACUUUAAAAGCACAAAGGGGUGGAUUUAGAAACUGUGAGCUAGGUAAGGAAAGUCCCAGUUCAAUUCUUAUGGUCUUUUACUACUCCCAUUUUGGAAGCAGGGUAGAAACCUAAGGAGACGCUUGGCUUUGCGUCCCGCGGCCCUCGCGGCGGGCGCCCUUUUUGUAAAAUAAAACACAAAAACCGAAAAAAACUGCUGCCUGCAGAGAUUUGAAUGUACUCCUCCUUAAGUUGACUUCCAUAGAACCAGGGGCACCUCUUGAGUAAGUUGCUACCGUUUUAUGGUGCUAAAGAAAACUAUGAAACCCCCCUCCCCCCUUGAGCAUUACGGUACUCCUCUAUGGCCCUUUAAAUGAAUGUAACAUAUCCAUUUCUGUUUGACGGUGUACACUGCAAUUUUAACAUGAUGUUUGGGGAUAAUUAUUUGCCUUUUCGUUUUCCUUUUUUCUUUUAGAACAAGCUUUAUAAAUAUUCUGUAGAGUCAAUUGAAGUAUAAUUCUUAAGGAUCACUCUAAGACGCCUACAAAAUCUUGUAUAUUUUUAAGUGUGCCAAUUUGUAAAAUAUUUUGUAAGUGUAUAUUUUUCUUAGGCAAGUGCUGUGAAGUGUUGUAUGUGUGAGGUUCCCCCCUUUUUGGCGCCCUUCUCCGGGCGGCAAGUGAAAAGGAUGUAUACUUAAAAGGAUUUCUGGUUUUAAAAACCAAAAUUACACAAAGAAAAAAAAAUUUCAAAACUUUUUGUUGGGAAUUUUGUAAUAAAAAAACAAGAAAUGUUGUGAAAGAGUGUAGUGAUAAUUGUGUAAAGGAAACUGGACAAAAAAUUUGUGAGCGCUUUGCUGUUUUAUAGAUCCUCUUGUAAAUUAUUCUUGUAAUAUUUUUUGUUUUGUUGUUCUCGUUGCAAAAGGUUUUAAAUAUUUGUGACUGACUCUGUACGGUGAAAAUGUCAUCUUGUUAACUUGCUGAGUUUUGUUAUAUUGUUUAUGGAAUAAAUAAAAAUAAAAAUCUCAUUUUAA